GGAAAAAUUGGGAUUUUUCCAAAUUUUUUCCUGAAAAAACUGACCUAAUUUCUCCAAUGUGAAAUCCUCGAUUCGCACCGCCAGGUUUGAAUUUUAACGAUCAUCCGUUUCUCUUCUUCUUCUUCAUCGUUCGAAUGUACGAAGAAUUGUAGAAAUUGGGUGUGCGUAUAAAUAUAUAUUUUCCGUGGAAAAUGCCAAGCAUUGGCGUUAAAUUAUACAGCGUUUUUUUCAAGCUUAUGCUAAAGCAUCGGUUGCAGAACCGAUUACAGGGACUCGAAAAUGACGCUGUCGACGCCGGUGGUACGUUUGGGGUGACGUCACGCCCCGAGGAGGAGACCGCCGCCGCCGCCAAUCCUUCCUUCACCGACGGCGUCGCCACAAAAGACAUACAUAUCGAUCCUUUAACAUCUCUCUCAAUUCGUAUAUUUCUCCCCGACACCUGCCUUUAUUUUCCCGACUCCAAAACCAGAUCCCGUAUCGGGAUAUUUAAUUCCGGAUCCGAUAGAAAUCAGGUACCAAUUCGUCGCCACAGCGAUGGAUCUUCGAAGGAUGAGUUUGUUUCCAGCAGCAAUGAAGGUAUAGUUGGUAAUCGUGCUUCAAAAAUCGAUAAUGGUUUCAGAAGAAGCAGCAACGGAGGUAGUAUUGAUUACAGAGGUUAUAAUCCGGUUGGGAAUAACUGCCGCAGAUUGCCUGUGAUGUUGCAAAUUCACGGUGGAGGAUUUGUUAGCGGGAGCAAUGAUUCGUCGUCUAAUGAUUUUUUCUGUAGGCGGAUUGCGAAAUUGUGCGAUGUGAUUGUGGUGGCUGUGGGUUAUAGGUUGGCACCGGAGAAUAAGUACCCUGCAGCUUUUGAAGAUGGGCUGAAGGUGCUGUAUUGGCUGGCGAAGCAGUCGAAUUUGGCUGAAUGUAGUAAGUCUUUGGGGAGGGUAGGAAGGGGAGAUUUGAGGAGGUCAGAGGGUAAUGGACACGUUGCUAAUGCUUUUGGAGCUUCUAUGGUCGAGCCUUGGUUGGCUGCUCAUGGGGACCCGUCGAGGUGUGUACUUCUUGGAGUGAGUUGUGGAGGAAACAUUGCUGAUUACAUGACAAGAAAAGCUGUUGAAGCUGGCAAGCUUUUGGACCCAGUAAAGGUGGUCGCCCAGGUUUUAGUGUACCCUUUCUUCAUCGGAAGUGUGCCAACACAUUCGGAAAUAAAACUAGCAAACUCAUACUUCUACGACAAGGCAAUGUGCAUGCUCUCGUGGAAACUUUUCUUGUCCGAGGAUGAUUUCAGCCUCGAUCACCCUGCUGCAAACCCACUCUCGUCAGACAGACAAGGACCUCCUCUGAAACAAAUGCCUCCAACACUGACAGUUGUGGCGGAACACGAUUGGAUGAGAGAUAGGGCAAUUGCUUACUCAGAGGAGCUCCGUAAGGUAAAUGUGGAUGCUCCGGUUCUUGAGUACAAAGACGCGGUUCAUGAAUUUGCAACGCUUGAUAUGCUUUUGAAGACCCCUCAAGCUCAGGCUUGUGCCGAGGAUAUUGCUAUUUGGGUCAAGAAACAUAUCUCUCUUCGAGGUCACGAGUUCUCCUAUUGACUUUAGCUACAAAUUUUUUUUUUUUUUUUUUUUUUUAAUAUAUUAAGAUGUAAUAAUAUUGCGGUUUCUUUUUUUGAUGGGUUGUACGAACUGACUGUAUAUUAUCGUUUUUUUGUAGUGUACUAAUGGUUAUACGAUGUAUAGUGGAAGAAAUGAUUGUGUUGAAGUCAUUUUUCAGGUUGCAACCGAGUUUUGUCUUCAACUUUUUCAUUAAAGUGAAUGCUUUGUUGUUA